AUGGAUAUUACUGGAAACGCGCUCAUCGUAGGUGCCGGUUCGGGCAUCGGCCGCGAUGUCAGCAUUGCCUAUGCACUCGAGGGAGCACGUGCACUGGUACUAGCAGAUAUUAAUAAAAUCGCGACAGAUGAGACGGCAAGGCUUUGCAGAGAAGCGGCAUCGAGGAGGAGUGGAGACGCUCUGAUAAUCCAUGUGCUCGAAGUCGACGUCUCGAACGAACAAUCAGUGGAGACCAUGGUUCGGCAGGCUGUGGCCAAUGUGGGCCGGAUUGACUACUGUGUGGAUAGUGCUGGUCUUGGCGUUCGAAACCCGUUGGAGAUUGCAGAAGCGUCAGGGGAGGAACUUGAUCGGUUCUGGAGCGUGAAUGUGAAAGGCACGUUUAAUUGCCUCAAGGCUGUAAGCGCGGCUAUGAAACGGCAGGACAUCAUGACCGUGCCGUCGCGCACUGGGCCCCGGGAAAUUGGCAGGGGGGCUAUCAUUGCCCUCGGAUCAUGCAAUUCCUAUGUGGCCACACCUCAAAUCGUCCAGUACACCACGGCUAAGCAUGCAGUGCUUGGUAUGGUGAAGAAUGCAGCACUUGAUAACGCCCCAUACAAAAUCCGGGUUAACGCCGUUUGUCCGUCUUGGGUGGACACGCCAAUGACGGACGAGGCCAUCGAGGGCAACCCCAGCCUCAAACACAUCAUCCGACGAGUAGUUCCACUCGGUCGAAUUGCGCAUCCAGAAGAGGUCUCGGACGCUAUAAUGUUUCUGAGCAGCCCUAGAUCCAGCUAUAUGACAGGAGGUGGUCUGCUCGUUGAUGGCGGAGCUACUUUACAGCUUCAGAUCUAG